UGUCUGCAGGGGACCCGCCGCCAUCUCAAGUCUUUCGGCCUCAUCAGGGCCCACCAGAGAGAGCUGACGCUCAGGUCUUAUAAUCCUUAUGGGGGACCAGCCUUGUGCCUCCGGGAGAUCCACGCUCCCACCUCGAAACACGCGGGAAACCAAGCCUCCAAAAAAGCGCUGCCUCCUAGCUCCGCGGUGGGAUUAUCCUGAAGGAACCCCCAACGGAGGUAAUACCCCUCUACCCUCCGCACCAUCUUCGACAUCACCCGGCUUGAAGUCGCACCCUCCUCCUUCGGAGAAGUAGUAGGAUAUAUUCCUCCUACCUCAAACCAGGUCAGAUUCUUUCUUUCUUGUCUAGGACAUCCAGGCUCUCUGAAACUUAAUUAUGCAUUUUCCCAGAUCAUCAUCCCGUUUUCCUGUUCUCUCCACUAUUUAAAAAUUGGAGAAAGAGCAUGCAGGCACUAAACAGCUUUCACAAAAUAUGCUUGGAUGAAAUGAUGGAUAUUUAAUGAUAUUAAGAAAUUAUUUUUAGCAUUUUAAAUGUGGUAAUUAUACUAUAGUUAUAGGUUUUAAGAAAUAGGCUAUUUCAUAGAAAUACAUUCUAAAGUAUUUAGAAAUUAAAUGAUCUUUUUAUUUGCUUCAAUGUGAUACAGUAGGGCUGGGACGGGUUAUAAACAAAAUGGUCAUGAGUUUCAAAUUGUUAAAGCUGGUAAUUCAUACAUAAUGUUUUCUCUACUUUUGCGUAUGUUUGAAAAUUUUCCAUUAAAAAAAAUACCUGUUCAAGAUCAAUAACAAUGUACUGAAGGCCAAAUGCCUGUGCCCACACUGCUAAGGGAGAGAAUUGUCAGGUGAGCCUCCAAUCAUACACAAGUCUUUUUCUGUGUAAGGCCGGGAGAGUGUAAUAAGUAAAAAAAAAAAAAAAAAAAGGUACAAUAUGGUGCGCCAGACCCAAGUGCCAUAAUGUUUGCUUGUUCAAGGUAUUCAGGAAGCAUGGAAGAUGGACCAAGUCACUGCCUGGUAGUAAUCUUGAACCAUCAAAGAGGAAGGGGGAUCUUUGGGUGGGACUUAGAGGGUGAGUGACAUCUGCCAUGUGGAGGGGGUGGGGAGGGAAGGCCUUCCAGGCCUGGGAUUUCUAGAACAAAGGCCCAGGCAGGUCUGUUUUGCAAACAGCUUUUUUUUAGGAGGUGAAGAUAGAGUGCUGUGGGGCCUUGAAUGUCAUACUAAGAAGUAUGCAGAUUAUUCCAUAAGGAGUAGCAAACACUGAAGAUUUCCAAGCAGGUGAUAUUCGUAUUUUAGGAGUUCAGUUUUUUUUUUUUUAAAUAAUAUUUUAUUGUGUUUUCAGUGAAGGUUUACACAACAGUUUAGGUUCCCAUUCAACAAUUUCUACACAAGUUGUUCACUGACAUUGUUUACAUUCUUCACAAUGCAUGAACAUUCUCAUUUAGAAGUUCAGUUUUUACUCUCAGAGGAGCAAUCUUCUCUUUAUUUGAGCUUUAUAGAAUACAAAAAAAACAAAACAAAUUUGACCCAUGUCUCACAGAUCCUUGCAAUCCAAAGGAGAGAGGGCAUCUCUUGCUUCAUAUAGUAAAUCUUUAUGGAACCUUACAAAAGGCUAGGCAUUGUGCUGGGAGAUUUAGGGGAUAAAAACCUCUUGCCGAGGAGUAGAUUCCAACUCAUAGCGACCCUGUAAGAGAGAGUAGGACUGCCCCAUAGGGUUUCCAAGGAGCACGUGGUGGAUUCGAACUGCCGACCUUUUGGUUAGCAGCCCUAGUUCUUAACCGCUAUGCCACUAUGGUUUUCAGGCAUUGUACUGGGAGAUUUAGGGGAUAGGUAACCAAAUCAUGGUGCCUGUAAGUAACCAAAACCAGUUGCUUUCGAGUCAAUUCUGAUUCAUGGUGAUCUCAUGUCUCAGAGUACAUAGUAGGAGUGAAACAGAUACUUGAAUAAAUAGGGUAACAGUGGUAACCAAGGAGAUUGUGGACUUGAGGCUUAGGGGUGAUGCUUACAAAAGGAAUGAGCUCUAUUUCACUUGAAAGCACCUAUAUAGGGUUUGACUUGCAUCUCCUGUCAUUCCAUACACCCUUCCUCCCUUCAUCUUUACUUCUUUCCAAAGGGGUAGAGAGCGAGAGAGAAAGAGUGUGUGUGUGUGUGUGUGUGUGUGUGUGUGUGUGUGUAUAGCAAUGCUCAGAUAAAAGAAAAGGGAGGUUGUGUAGGGCAAGAAGAGCAGGAGCUACGUAAUUUGCUCCAGUGUUUCAAAUCAUUGAAAAUUGUAAUAAUUACCAGUAUUUGCUAAACACCUGUUAUGUGCCAGACACUGUUCUAGAGGGCUUUACAGGUAUUAAUUUAUUCAAUCAUUACAACAACUCUACUAGGUAGGUUUGUAUUAGCCAAGGGAAGAAACAAGGAAAUUAAGGCCAAGGGAAGUUGUGUAACUGGCUGAGCUGGGCUUUGAAUCCAGACAAUCUAGUUCUAGAGUCUAUACUCUUGACUGCUGUACUGCACACUCCCUCUAAUGCUAUGCAUACAACUGUUUUACAGGAAUAUGUCCUAUAGGGUCGCUACGAGUCGGUAUCGACUCGACGGCACUGAGUUUACUGGGAUCAUCGAAAUGGGGGCAGUGUGGAGUCUAAGGACUCGAGGGGGCGAGAGGAUAGAGAUGGACAGUAAUAGAAGAAAUGAUUUCACCUCAUUUUACUAUUUUUCAGUCUUUGAGGGACUGCAGUAUGAUUUCAUUUCCUUAGUGCAUUCGUGAAAUAGUUCACCCAGUGAAGACAAUGAGGAGUACUGACGAUGCCACCUUGCUUUUACUGAUAUCCUGCACCUGGAAGUUGUGAUUCUUAAGGCAAUCUCUUUACGAAAAAAUUAUUAAAAGAAGGAGGGAGAAUAAGAGUUGAACAGUGAUGACCCAUUAAAAAAUAAUUAGCAAAAAAAAGAGCUAGCACCAAAUGAUAAAAUUUAAACCAUUUUCUACAUUAUAAGAAACCUUAUUUACUGUAUUAUGUAUAUCUAUGUUAUCUAUUAUACAAUAUAUAAUUAUAUAUAGCAUAUUAUGUAUAAUAUAUAAUCUGCAAGAUGUUUUGUUAAAUUCACUCCUAUGAAGUGUAUCUUUUAAUUACAUUUUCUAAUUGUUGCUCAUAUAUGGGAACAUGAUUGAUAAUUUUGAAUGUUGAUUUUAUAUUCACCAGCCUUCUGAACUCUAUUUGUUCUAAUAAUUUACAGAUUCUCUUGGAAUAUCUGUUUAUUAAUUUUCCCCAUGAAUAAUGGCAGAUUCUUCCUUUUUUGAAUACAUAUAGCUGGGUUUUGUUUGUUUGUUGUCUUAUUUUACUGUGCUAGCUAGGAUCUCCAGCACAAAGAAAUAGUAUCAGUGGUACAGGAUUUUCUUGUCUUGCUCCUGAAUUUACAAGAGAAUUCUACAAGUUUCAUCAUUUUUAGUAGAUAUUCUUUUCCAAGUUAAGAAAGUUUCUUUCUAGUCCUAGUUUGCUGAGAGUUUUUAUUGUGAAUGGGUACGGAGUCUUUUCCCAAAUGCUUUGUAUUUACUGCCAUCAUUAUAUGCUUUUUUUCUCCAUUAAUAUGCCAAGGUGACAGUGUGGUAAGUUACAAUAAUCAACUUUCUAAUGUAUUUCAGGGAUAAGCCUUACUCAUUCCUGGUGAUUAUAUGCGCGUAUGCACGUAGACGCACACGCACACACCGUAUGUUACACAUAUUUCCUGCUUUUGGUUUCAUCAAGCCCCACCAUUGAAUAUUGUUUUUUUUAUUUUAGUAAUUUUUGCUUUUAUCUUUAUUUUUCCUUCUUUUUCUUUGCUCUUUUUCAGACUUACUGAGUUGAACCUUUAGCUAAUUAAUUUUUUAUCUUCUUUUCUAAAAUAAGAGUUUAGAACUCUAAAUUUUCCUCUCUGUACCACUUCAGAAGUUUUUGUGUGUAGUAUUUAUUGUCAUUCAAUUCUUAUUAUUUCCUAAUUUUUUUCUUUGACUCAUCUGUUAUUUGCUUGCUUGUUUUAAUUUCCAAACAUCUGGUCCUCUUAAAAAAUCAUAUUGUAACAUUACUAUUACAAUUAGAGUUAAAUUACUUCUUAUUUCUGACUUUAAAAUGUUUAAUAUUUGUCUAGCUUCUUGAGACAAAAAGUAAAAUUAUACACCAGCUGUUCAUCCCAAUAAAUUUUGGCAAUAUAUAAUUUUUUCUUUCAUUAAAUACAUAGGAAAAGUGUGAUUUAAAUAUACAAUGAUGUAAUUAAUGUUGAUUUUUUAUACUUGUGUUUUUUAACUUUGUGUUUUUAAUUCUACACUUAAAGAAAAAUUAUGAGAAUAUUACAAAGACUUCCCAUAUACCCUUUACCCAGAUUCAUCAACUAACAUUUUGCCACAUUUGCACUUUAUUAUUCACUUUGUCUCUGUCUCCGAACUAUUUGAGAGUAAUUUGCAGACAUUAUGCCCCUUUAUUCCUAAACACUUCAGUGUGUAUUUCCUCAGAAUGAUGACAUUCUUUUCCAUAAUCUCAGUAUCUGUGUCACAAUCAACAAAUUUGACAUUUAUCCAAUGUUAUUAUCUUGGCCAUAUUACAAUUGCAUCAAUUGUCCUAGUAAUAUAUUUUAUAGCUAUGUGCUUUUCCUGGUAAAGAUCCAAUCCAAGAUCACAUAGUUUAUUUAGUUGUUAUGUCUCUUAGUCUUCUUUAAUCUGGAAUAGGAAGAAAUGCCUGGUGAUCUACUUCUAAAACUCAGCCAAUGAAACCCUAGGUAUCACAAUGAGUCCAGUCUACAACCAAUCAUGAGGAUGGUGCAGGACCAGAUAACAUUUCAUUCCUUUGUGUGUGGGGUCUCCAUGAGUCAGGGGCUGACUUGACAACAGCCAGCAGCAACAACAAUCUGGAAUAGUCCCUUUCUUUGUCUUUCAUGACAUUGACAGUUUUAAAAAGUAAGUAAAUAAAAGGCAGUUAUUUUGUAGACUGUCCCUCAAAUUUAAGUUUGUCUGCUACUUCCCAUGAUUAUGCAUUUUGGCAGGAAUACCACAAAAGGUACAGUGUGUCUUUCUCAGGGCAUCAUAUCAGGGGCACACGAUGCAGGUCUUACCCCUUAGAGGUAAUGUUAACUUUGAUUACUUGGUUAAGAUGGUGUU